CACCCACACUCCAUCAAAGGGCCAAGUUUUCUAGACCUCGAGCCAUGAAUGCGAAACGCACAUCAGAGGAGCCGGAGCAUGCCACAGGUGUUAUCUCGAGAGCCAUGAACUCGAUGGCGGGAAGCUUGCGUCCAUUAUUAACCAAGCAAGCUCAAAAAGCGUAUUUGGGCACUCUGCUCUUCAUCUUGACAGCCAUAUGCAUGGUGUUCAUUUCGUCGAUUGCUUAUGCGAUCUUCUACUAUAAAUUCAUUCCCCAGGUUGGAAUAGAGCGCAUUGUACAUUUGCAAUUUGAUGAUGGCCAUCCCUGGGGAACCGUCUUCCUUGGUUCGGACUUGGUACCUCUGCAGAAGUACGAUGUGCAGGUAGAGCUUGAGCUACCGCGGACGCCUUCAAAUCUUGCUACAGGUAACUUCAUGCUUGACUUAGCGCUCUACUCCUACACAUCUGCCGAGACUGGGCUCAAUACGUCCACUUCGGUUCUCUCCCAAUCUCGCCGCUCGGCUAUUCUUACUUACGCGUCGCCCCUGGUCGAUACUGCGAGUAAAUUGGUGUUUAUGCCAUUCUAUGUGUUUGGUUGGAACCGAGAAGCAGAAAAGUUGCAGGUCAACAUGUUUGAGAAGAUUCAAUUCCCUCGUAGGCGCCGUGACGUGCCGUCAAGCUUGCGACUGGAGAUCCACAGUGCGGAGAAAAUGCAAGUAUACACAGCCAAGGUGAUGUUCAAGGCAACAUUCACUGGACUAAGGUGGGUAAUGUACAACUGGAAAGUCACCUCCUCUGUCGUCUUCGGGUUCAUGUUCUGGAGCGUCUCAAUGGUCACUGCGGGAAUGGUGUGGGCUAUGUUGGCCAUUGCCUUCAAUCAUCCUAAGGAAGCAGAGAAGGCUGUUAUCAAGACAGAGAGUGGCAGUGAAACACUUGUCAAGUCAGAAGACACUGACGACAUAUCUCCAUUCGAUAUACCUUCCGAGGUUUCUUACAUCAAGAAAGAAGGAGAGUUGGAGGAAGAGGGCUCGAUUGGGGAUAUUGAGGAGGAUCGUGGCGCAGAAUCAUCGGAUGUUUCAGGGAGCGGAACUGGGCUUGAAAGUGCUCAUUCACGCGGGGUCCAGCGACGACGCAGUCGCCGUUUUCAGGCGCAUACCUAGCAGUUGAAUACGGUUCACAUUAC